AUGCGAGGUGGACUUCUCAGAGGUGCUCUCCGCCGUGGAGAGGAUCGGAAUAGGAAGGAGACCAAGGCCGUCUUGGAAGCAGUGGAUCGCGCCAGGCCUGUGGCGGAACUCUCGGAGAUCAAGGAGCUCUGCGCCACCCUGUACGCCUCGGAUCGUGCCAAGCCUGGGGCGGAGCUCUCGGAGCUCCGGGAGCUCUACGCCACCCUCUCCGACGUCACGGCCUUCGGCAACGGCCAGAAUGCCGCCGACGUCUCCGUGGAGCAGCAGGCAGCGGCCAGGGCGGCCCAGGAGCAGACGCAGCAGGCGCUGCUGCACCUGCAGGAGAACCAGAGGCACCUGACGGAGGAGGUGCGCACUGGCCUCGGACGCGUCAGCCGCGAGGUGCAGACCCUGAGGAUCGACCUCAGCCCGGGGGUCAUCGUCUCGCCAGUCCUGGAGUACCCCGGGACGCCGGCGGCGCGGCGCCCGCGCCGGCCGACCACCGCCGCGGGCAGUCCAGCGGCGACGCCUGCAUCGCGAGCGGGGCGGCCUCGGAGGCCAACGCCGUGGAGGCCGACUGCGCCUUGGUGCUCAAGGAGCUGCAGGAAUUCAGGAGCCGAGACGAAUUACACGGCCGGGGCUAACUUGGCCGGUAUCCUCCGCGCCAUCGAGGCGACCAAGACACAGAUCGAUUUCACCGCCGUCCUCCAGGAGGUGCACAACGCCAAGAGGGACGUGACCCUCACCGUGGAGAAGAGCGAGCUCAACGUGAUCGAAGAACUGCGGAGCCUGAGGCGCACAUGCGGCUCCUCGAGCGGACCGACGCGUGGCAGCUAA